GACCCGGAUAUGUAUCCUGUCGCGCAUGUUAGCCUUUUACGCGUAGUAGGAAUCAACUAGGGAGACGCAUACCCUUUCGUUUUUUUAGCCGUACAGUUUUAAGUACCAAAUUAUUUUAUAGUUAUUUUGUCUUGGUUUUAUGGGCAAUGGGUGUUCCGGCAUUUUUUCGCUGGUUGAGUCGGAAAUAUUGUUCCAUUAUUGUGCAUUGUAUGGAAGAAAAGGCAAAGGAGUGCAAUGGAGUUCGCAUACCUGUUGAUACAAGCAAACCCAAUCCAAACGAAGUCGAGUUUGACAACUUGUACCUGGACAUGAAUGGAAUCAUUCACCCCUGUACACAUCCAGAGGACAAGCCCGCGCCCAAAAACGAGGAUGAAAUGAUGGUCGCCAUUUUUGAAUACAUCGAUCGUUUGUUCAACAUAGUCCGCCCUCGAAGAGUGUUAUAUAUGGCCAUUGAUGGAGUUGCCCCACGUGCCAAAAUGAACCAGCAAAGAUCAAGGAGGUUCCGUGCCUCGAAGGAGGGGGUUGAGUUGCAGGAGGAGAAACACAAGAUCAGGGAAGAGAUCUUCCAGAGAGGUGGAUAUCUCCCAAAUGAAGAAAUUAAAGAGCGUUUUGACAGCAACUGCAUCACUCCAGGCACUGAGUUUAUGGACAACCUCGCAAAGUGCCUCCGGUAUUACAUCGCUGACAGGUUGAGCAAUGACCCAGGGUGGCGUAACUUGACGGUCGUCUUGUCAGAUGCCAGUGUUCCAGGGGAAGGGGAGCACAAGAUUAUGGAUUAUAUACGAAGACAAAGAGCGCAGCCCAACCAUGACCCAAACACUCACCACUGUCUCUGUGGUGCCGACGCUGAUCUGAUCAUGCUGGGCCUGGCCACACAUGAGCCCAACUUCACCAUCAUCAGGGAGGAGUUCAAACCCAACAAGCCGAGGCCCUGUGCCCUGUGUGGGCAGAUGGGUCACGAGCUCAAGGACUGUCAGGGAGUGGCUCGUGAGAAGAAAGGGGAGUACGACCAGUUUGCGGAUAGCCCUCCUGUCGCUGAACAGGAGUUCAUCUUCAUCCGGCUCUCCGUCUUGAGAGAGUAUCUGGAGAGGGAGCUGACAAUGGCCAGCCUGCCUUUUUCCUUCAACUUUGAGAGGAGCGUGGAUGACUGGGUCUUCAUGUGCUUCUUUGUCGGAAAUGACUUCCUACCCCACCUGCCAUCCUUGGAAAUCAGGGAGGGGGCCAUCGACCGACUAGUGGGCAUCUACAAAGAUGUUGUGCACAGGACAGGGGGGUACCUCACAGAGAACGGCUUUGUCAACCUGGAGCGGGUUGAGAUGAUCAUGCAGGCAGUUGGUGUGGCAGAGGACAACAUCUUCAAGAAGCGCAAGGAGGAUGACGAAGCAUUUAAGAGGAGAAUGAAGGAAAAGAAAAAGAGGUUAAAAACGGAGCAGGCCCCUGCCUUCCUGCCCACGGGGCAGUUCGCCCCUGAGGCCCUGGGCAGGAGAGGAGCCCCGCAGCCCAUACAGAAUGCCAGGCAUACCGCCUUUGAGAUGAGGAUGCAGGGGCAAGACCAGCGAAACAAGGAUGCUGCCCAGUCCUUGAAAGCCCUGAUGAGGAAUGGCAAUCAGGCUCUCGCUGGCUCCAGUGAUGGCAUAGACCCCAGGGGUCAGAAGAGAAAGGCGGGAGACAGUGACAGCGAGCCUGAGCCAGAGGACAACGUCAGGUUGUGGGAAGAUGGCUGGAAGCAGCGCUACUACAAAACCAAGUUUGACGUGGAUGUCAGCGACGAUGCCUUCCGACGCAAGGUGGUCAAGUCCUACGUGGAGGGGCUCUGCUGGGUCCUCAGGUACUACUAUCAGGGUUGUGCCUCCUGGAAGUGGUACUUUCCGUUUCAUUAUGCCCCAUUUGCAUCCGAUUUCAAAGACAUCAAGGACAUGUUCACGGACUUUGAGACAGAUACCCAGCCGUUCAAGCCGUUGGAGCAGCUGAUGGGUGUGUUUCCAGCUGCCAGUGGAAACUUUCUCCCCCCAACAUGGCGCGCCCUCAUGACUGACCCGGACUCCUCCAUCAUUGACUUUUACCCAGAGGACUUUGCGAUUGAUCUGAAUGGGAAAAAGUAUGCUUGGCAGGGUGUGGCCCUCCUGCCAUUUGUUGACGAGCGGCGCUUGAGAGCGGCAUUGGAGGAAGUCUACCCAGACCUCACCCAUGAAGAGGGAAAGAGGAACAGCCUUGGAAGUGAUGUGAUGUUCGUAGGACGCUCCCACCCCCUCUGCGACUUCUUAAUCGAGCUAUACCGUGCAGAAUCAAGAGAGGGCUCUGAGAUUCCUCCUGAACUCUGCCACGGAAUCCAAGGUACAUUAAAUCUUGAUGAAGAGCCUAUUCUACCAGAUAAACCAGUGGUAUCUCCUGUUCCUGUCCUGCGAGAUAUUAUGCAGAAUAGUGCUAUUGGGAUAAAAUUCAAAGAUCCCCAAUAUAAUGAGGGCCAUGUGUUCAAGGCUGUGAUCCUUCCAGGAGCCAAAAUUCCUUCAAAAGUGCUUAAACCUGGGGACUGGGAGAAGUCCAACAGGGGUCCUUGGAAACCCCAGCUGGGGUUCAAUCCAAACCGACAGCAGGCCCAUCUUGACCGAUCAGCCUUCCGUGCAUUGAGUCACAGCAUCAGCAGGCAGCAGCACAGAGAUGGCCCGUACAGUAACGCCCCACCCCCUGUCAGCUAUCACCAGGGUCAGCACCGCCCCCGACCCCAUGGUGGCCACAUUCCGCCCUACCCCGUAGACUCCAGGCAGUAUGAUGCCUAUCGAGGUCCACAUGCGUCUUACAGCCCACCCCAGCCGUAUGCACGGUUGCAGUACAGCAAUCCGGGCUGGAAUCGGGCAAUGCAAGGCCAGGCAGCUGCUUACCAGCAGAACCAGCAGCGGGCCCACAUCGCGCAGCCCACCUACCAGCAGCCGCAACAGCGCCGCCAUCAGCAGCCACAGAGCCAUGAAGGGCAGAUGGGUGGCCAAGGUCCCCCACAGGGAUACCUUUCUGGAAGGCAUUAUCCUUUGCCCCCACCUUCAGGACGCUACAACUGGAACUAGUGGAACAUCGUUUGAAAUGAUAGGGUGGUCAUGAUCUUUUUCUACUUCUUUUUUUUUUAAGUUAAACUUGUCAGGUAUUUUGUCCUUUUAAUUGUACUAAGAAGCAUUCUUACGAUUAAAAUUUUAAGAAGUACUCCUAUAAAACCUGUCAAAUACAGAUAAGUUUGGAAACGUUCAUGUGCUGGUGUGUGAAUUGAUGGGAGGGAAUGUGAGGAUUUCUUUUAUACUGAUGUUGCUUCAAACACAGGAACUGACGUAACUCAGUAAGGCUACAAAGAAUGUUUUUUGUUCUUUCUUCCUUAUGAAAUGUUAUUCAUAGUAUAUUAAAUUGCUUAGAUGCAUCCUUUUGGGAACAUGAGUAACACCACCUCCCCAAGCCUAAUUGUACAAAUAAUUCCCGAGUCAUCAAACCAGAAGAUUGACACUUUAAAUGGCCCAAUUUUAGUUUAUCUAACAAUUUUUACCUCAACUACAAUUUUGUGUACAAACUGUCAAUUCUGUUUGGUAGAAUGCGGAAAUGUUUCUCCCUUAAAUAACGGUAUAAAAACCACAAUAUGUAGGACUA